AUGAGCCGAGGAUCUAUUUCCAGUUGGCAGGACUAUGGACGCAGAAGUUCUCAAUGCAUGCCACAGUUCAGCGGCGGCCCGGUGCAAUUUAUGACUUACGAUGACAUGGAAUAUAAAAGAGGCGAUGGUUGGUUCUUAUCGUAUACAAAGAUAGCAGGAAUCAUCGUGGUCUUUAUUAUCGGUGUCGUAGCCGCAGGAUUUCUCGGAUGGUAUAUCAAUUCCUUACCAAAGAAAAAGCCAUACGAGAUUCUAGACUUGCAGAACGAUGGCAUCGAGGAUACAGACGAUGUUGACGAAAGUAUUUCACCUUUCAUUCGUCCCUUGAAGUAUCGCCUCGAAUUAACGCCGAUUAUCGACAUGAACGGUCCAUCGAGAUUGAUAGGCCACGUGUACAUCGAUUUUCAAGUAAACGACACGAUAAGUUUAAAUAAACUUUCGCUAAAUGUGAAGAACAUUACGGUGACUAGCUAUAAGCUGUCUUUGCUGGAUCUGGAGGAAAACAAGAAGCCGUUAAGGAAAAGACGAAGAAGGGGAACCACCGACGUAAUUAAUAACGUUAAUCAAGGGAACGAUACAACUUCUGUUUCACGUACUAUGUGUUCUAUAGAAAAUGACGUUGUGAUAAGCCUGAGCGAAAACGAGACACUGGUAUACGACGAAAAUGUUACAAACUCAUGGGAGAACAGGUCCUCCGACGAAGAAGCCAACGUUACAUUGUCAAAUUACGCUUUGGUUUCUGACACUGACAAAAUUGACGACUCAAACGUAGAUGAAAUUAUACAGUUCGAAUCUGUGCCACCUGCUGUAUCUCCCGGAAACGCAUCUUCGCAAAUACAGAUCACACAGUACGAUAUAGACGCGGAUAAGGAAGUUCACACAAUUUAUUUAGGAAGUCGAAUACAGCAAGGAAUUUAUCUGUUGGAAAUCGAAUAUGACCUGUUAAUCGAUGAACAUAUAUUUUUCAUUGGAAGUUACAAUUCAUCUGGCGAAGGAAAAUGGCUAAUGGGAACGAAAUUGAAGGAAUCCGGUGCUCGAUGUCUGUUCCCGGUUUUCGACGAUACGGUGAAUAAAUCAGUUAUUUCCGUAUCCGUGGCACGUCCCAAAGAAAUGACAGUGCUCUCAAACAUGCCCCUCAGGAGUUUAAGGGAUACCUCGGACAAUUCGAUGGUGGUCGACACUUUCGACGAUUCUCUGCCUAUUUCUCCGCACAAUUUGGCUUUCGUAAUGGGCCAUAUCGAAGCCAUGAACACGACGUUCGUAGGCGACACCGAAGUAGUUGCAACGUUCUGGUGUGAAUCGAACAGAAGCUCAGAGGAGAUUUACCUGUUCGACAAACUCAACUCAGUUGUCGUUAACUUGAUCGACGUGUUUUUGACGUCCUACCCCUAUCCUAAAUUGGAUGUAGUAAGCCUGCCUCCAGGGAUCGACGAGAACAUGGGAAAUCCUGGAUUAAUUGCACUGAAGCAGUCGUUGUUCUACACCAGCAAGAAAUCGCCACGUGUCACGAAAGCCGACGCUCUGAAGGUCCUGAUCAACCUAGUGGGACAGCAAUGGCUCGAUGAAUUUAUGAAUGUGAAUCGAACGGACGCGUGGAUCUUCGAGAGUCUGCUAGUUUACAUCCAACACGUGAUUGUUCAACAGAUAGACUCGUCAUUGGACUUGAGCGACUCUUUCAUCACCGAUGUCCAGCUGCACGUGAUGGAGAUCGAUGGCUAUAGCAUUUCAAGACCUUUCCAUGAAAAUGCCAAUUAUCAUCUGUGGCAAUCUCUUAACUACGAGCACGCGAAAGGUGCAUGUCUGAUACGCAUGUUGCAUGGCGCGAUAGGCGAUACCGACUUUAGGAACGGCUACAAGAAACUGAUAACCAGGUGGAAGCAUAACAACACGGAUAUAACCGAUUUCAUGAAUAUUCUGGCGGAAGAAGCAAUGGAACUUCCGUCCGGAGUUUCUUUGCAAGACACGAUGAAUUCUUGGAUUUCUCAAGGUGGAUAUCCAUUUAUAACCGUCAUAAGAAAUUACGAAGAGGAAUCCGCCACUAUUUAUCAGGAACAAUUUGCGCUCGAUCGUCCAUUCGAAAGUAUCUCCAAAUUUUGGCAUAUCUCACUGAGUUACGCCAACAAUAAUAGUAAUUGGUCGUCUCCUGCUACGAUCUGGUUCCCACCUGAACCUAAAAUUACGCUGGAUGGCAUUGGUUCCAAUGAAUCUUGGGUUCUUUUCAACGUAAAUAAGACUGGUUUCUAUCGCGUGCACUACGACGAAACAAAUUGGAUGCUGUUAAAAUUGGCACUCACGGAGAAUCACGAGCUGUUUCCGCCAGAAACCAGAGCAUCGCUCGUAGACGACGUUUUUAGUUUGGCUGAAAUAGGCUUGAUGAAAUAUGACACCGCCUUUGAAUUCAUUAAAUAUAUGCAAAUGAAGGAAAGACAUUACCUUCCUUGGGGUGCAUUUAUGCGACACAUGUUCAAAUUAAACAGGCUCCUGUACGAGACUCCGGUCUUUACUGAUUUCCAGGAAUUCAUAGCAAGAUUCGUAUCCCCGUUGUACAGCGAAGUAGGGUCGAAGUUGGAAGAAGGAUCAGCACUGACAGUGACUGCUGUAAAACUUGCAUGCGCCUUCGACCAUUCGCAGUGUCUAGACUGGUCGAAAAACGUUUCCGAGGUAGUCAAUAGCAUACACGAAAUAGUUCCUUCCUACAUUCGUGACACGUUUUAUUGCACUAUCGCGCGUUAUGGUACACGAAGGGAAUGGAACUACUUUAUGGAACGGAUAAAAUCGACCGAAGAUGAGGAGGAAAAGAAACGUUUGUUAUCGUCAUUCGCUUGCUUCCAAACUCCUUGGAUUUUACAAUUUAUUCUCAAUGAUAUACUUCACGAGGAACGAUUCGAGGAGGACGAAAUGUCGGUAAUUUUGAAUGCAUUUUCACAAAACCCAGCCGCGGCUCAAGUCGCAUUUCGGUUCGUUCGAGCAAAUUGGCAAGAAAUUGCGCAAAGGUUUCUAGGAUCUUAUAAGGUAUUGAAAUCUUUCGUGCUGUCCAUGAUGAAUGGCUUAACGACUGAACAGGAUUUACAAGACCUUCAAAUGUUCAGGGAAAACAAUUACGAUAGCAUGAAAGGAACAAGAUAUGCGGCAGCGCUUGUCGAAGCAAAUGGAAAUUUCGAAACAACAUGGUUGAAGCAUUCUUUACCUCAAAUUGAAUCUAUGCUAAAAGAAGAAACAAAGAGAUUUGCAAGUCCGUGAAAAUAGCUGAUAAAAGCGAGGGGAUAAACACUUUCAAGAGUUGUAUUUCGUGAAGCUGGACAAAUAGCUUUUCGAAGGGUCACACGUACUUUUUACGAAUCCCGGCGAUUUACUUAAAAUAUUCGAGUUCUAAGCUUUUUUAUUUCGCUUCAUUUUUUAUUCUCCUGAAAAUGCAAACUUGAAUUUUAAAAUUGAAAUUGUGAGAAAUCUUAAAUUAAUUUUUUCAUUUGACAUAUAAAGAUGUAUUAACAUAUUCUCUCAUUUAUAAUUUAUUAAUGUAACAUAUAAAUCAUUUCGAAUAAAUAGUAUUGUAACUUUUUAAAA